UGAAAAAAUUUAUUGCUAGUCCUGUUUCUAAUCGACUUUACUUGUGUAUUUUAAGCUUUUUUGUUGCUGUGCUUUUUCUGGAGAUUUUAGUUGGAUUGGAAAGCUCCUGUGUAAGGUACCCUUUCCUAAAGAAAAAUUGAAGUAAUUUGUACAAUUAUAACGCGCCGAGCUGUGUUUUAUUUUAUUGUUUCUAAGAAGAUGUAAGAAUACAAUAUUAUCAAUUUUAAUUGGUUUUAUCCAAAUCAAGAUUGUGUACAAUGGGAGUGAGUGAUGUAAUCUUCUAAUGCGUGUGGUGAAAAGAAGGCGAAUCCGUUAUUGUUUUUCUGCCCAAAUUUGAAGCUAUUUAAUAAAUCUUGAUAAAGUUAAAAAACUGUUUUGAUUUGUUUGUUUUUGUUUUAAUUGUUUCCCGUGAGUUUUCGAAAUUCGUUCCAGCAGAUUCUGUGGCUUCUACUGCCGGUAUUUUUACGUGAAAAAAAUACUGUUUUGUUGUGAGGUCAUUUACGAAAUCGUUACGUUAGGACCAACUUCUGCGGGUUGUACAACUCGAUGUAUCACAUAUCUUUCGGAAUACUGCUAAAAGUGUAAUUUUGUAUUGCGCUCUUUACUUUUACCAUUCUGUGGGAAAAGGCGGUACAAAAUUUUAACACGCGUUAUUCGUUUUUGUUAGUUUCGCGUAAUCUAAUUUUCUCGCACAUUUUGAAAAGAAUAUCCCACGCACAUCAAAUACUCGCGCAGUCUAUUCGCAAAAAAAACUGUUUUUGAGCAACGAAUUGUUCCGCAGAGCGUUCAUUUUCCUACCUCGUCCCCAGGGUUCUUCUAUAUGAUAUUCAAUUUUGAUGUAUUUCGGAAGAUGUUAGCGCCAAAGAAACAAGAAGCGCUAGGGACAAAGUAUUGGAUAGUUUAAUUUUGCUUGCAACUUGCGAAAUGCUUCGCAACCUUUUUUUUAAUUUCUAGUAAGCUCUACACAAUAGAGGCAACGUGGAAAGAAGGUUCUAAUUUUUUUUUGUGAAUGGGUUGCUGUCGUCAUCAAAACAUCUAAAACAACCUAUUUUCCAUUGUCCUUCUGACUAAGUGGAUUUCUCCACGGGCCUUAUCGACUAGUCUAUAUAAUAAUACGCUAGGUGUGUCUGUCUGUGUGUCUGUGACAAGCAAAGUGGAUGUCUUCAUUUUCCUUUGAUGUUGCCGAAAAAUGCAUGUCUAAUAUGUUAAAUUUUCUGACGUUACGACGCGACUAAAAUAACACUACUUUAACAUCAAUAUCCUAUAUUAAAUUAAUGAAGCCAUUACAGUGCACCUAAAACUUUGAGGCCAAAUAACCUGGAAACGAGGUGGUGACGUCAAUGAUUUUUCACCGCGUGGGUAACUAGGGACCAACUAGGACCAAUUUGGGUAAUUUUCCCAAACCUGGGUCCCCGAAUCCGUUUCGGAAUGGACGGGUUGAUGAUGUCAUCGAAAAACCUUCAAAUCCUAAUAUCUCUGCAACCGUUUGUCAAAAAUACGCGAUCCUAUACAUUUUCUUGAUAAGCGUUUCAAGACCUAUACAAUGAAGGCAGCAGGUAUACAAAUUUCUAAAAUAAAAAUUUGGGGGGGUUUGACUGGCCAUUGCUGACAUCAGCAAAAUGUUAAAACCCUUAUGUCUCAUUAACUGCUUAUCAAAAAGAUAUGAUCAUAUACAUUUUCUUGGUCAGUGUUUUAACAUCUGCAUAGUACAGGCAACGAAUAAACUAAAUUUCGCCAAAUAUUUUUGUAAUUGCACUGCUGACGUCAACAAAAAAUCUAAAACAACCUACUUUUCCAUUGUCCUUCUGCCUAAGUGGAUUUUUCCACGGGCCUUAUCGACUAGUCUAUAUAUUAAUACGCCUUGUGUGUGUGUGCGCACGGUGAGGCCACGUCACACAAAUCACAGGUCACUUUCUUACGACGUGGCGUUACGCUAAAAUUUACCAAGUUAAAGAAAACGCAAAUCAGAGGGUUACUAUAUAAAUAUUUAAUUCUCUUUUCUUAUUUUUUUUUAAAAUAAAACUCUUUUUCCUUACUCAUUAAAACUAAUUUUUAUUUUAAUUUCAAAUGGUUUUAUUUGUUUUUUUGUUGUAAAAGCCCCGCUGGUCGUUUAAGAUAGAAUAAUUAAAUUUUACCCCCGGUUUACCAUGUGCGCGCCGUAUCCACGGUCAUUUACGGCAGGAAAAAAAGUGUGCGCAUGCGCCAUUAUUUGUUAUCAAAUUUUCUGCCGCAAGCGAUUCAUAAUGGCCACCAUCGCACGUGCUUCUAAUUUCCCUUAAAAACAAAUGUUUUUUGAGCCUCUGCGGUAGAGAUCAUCCCCUAAAAGGAUUUUAUUUUAGUAGAGCAGGCCUUGGACUAUACAAAAACUCUAGAUUCGACUACCCGAACACUUUCACUUUUGUUGGGAGGAGACAGAAAGAAUAGCAAUGUUUUGAUUAUAAAAUUUUAUAAGUUGGUGGAAAAUGAAGAUAUUUGCUUUCCAACGCAAAGUCAUGCUUUAAGACAUGUUUUUCCUGAAAGCUGAUAGCCUGUUUUAUCAAAUAAAACCAGUGGUUUGUGGCUGCCACUUUUUUUCUGAAAGAAAUUGGUCCUCGGAAAUGACCUUUCACAAGACUUCAUAAAUCGGGCACCAGUCCCAAAUUGUUCUAUGAUACAAAACAUGUUGGCACGAUUUCAUUGAAGUAAUUUUGACCCAAUAAUUCACAAUUUCAAGCGUCAUUCAAACGUGAUUUGCAUGUGAAGAUUUGUUGACAGAAGCGGUUAAAAAAAUGAUGGAACAAUGAUGAAACAGAAGAUCUUGCUGAUUUGCUCGAUUACCACUUUUUGUUGGAUGCGUUUGAAAUAAGAAUAUAUUCGUGAAAUCCAGAUUAUGAAUUGAAAUAAAAAAUACUUGUAAUAGCCUAAUUUAGUAUAGUAUAGUAUAGUAGUAUAGUAAAGUAUUUUUAUGUAAUUCAGAUUGACUUUCGUGGUGAAAAAUCUCACAAUUAGGGAAUGGUCUAGGCUGAAAUGUCUGUGUAAAUGGUUAGCUUUUUCGUUUAACAAAUAUAUAGCUAUAUAACUGUACAAUUUUUUUCAUUUGCAAUCAUUUGCUAGUCUAACAACAACAACAAUAAUGAUAAAUAUUUAAAGUGUUUCUAGCCCAGAAAAUCACAAAAACCUAUUGUUAGUGGAUUAUUUCCAUUGGGGUCCACUGAGUCUGAGUGAAGCUAGCUUUCUCACAUUUACGUUUAGUUUUAGCAGGCUUCUAGAUAGAGAAAACUAAUCAAGACCAACCUUAGAGCUAGCUAAGGUUACAGAUCAGAUGAAUUAUUUUUUUUUCCUUUUAAAAUUUAAUUUUAGUAGUAUAAUAUCGUUUGUUCUUUGUUUAUUAGCGUCUAUUUUACAUUUCUAAUAGUUGUCAACCAUUUUUUUUUUUUGUGAAAACGAAAGUGAAAUGUAUGGUGUAGAAAAGCUCAAAAUUUUAGUAGUAAAAAAAGUGGCAGCUACUACCUAAUACGAUAGAACGCUCGAUAAGGGAUACAUGCAAACAGGAAAAGUAAUUUUUAGGCAAAACCUUGCGUCAGAAUGUUGUACAAGAGUGCUCCUGUACUGGUAAAUUGUGAACUAGCCAUCCGGGCUUUUGUGGACCUUGCCGUCUGUUUAGGCUGCCCCGGGUAGCAACCAAAGGCGAAAUAGUAGUCUAUGGUCAUCCUUCUUCAGUUUUAAAAGAAAAAAAUGUUAAAUUUUCUUUUAUUGGGCAACUAAAACAAGAUAAUAGAGAGUGAGGUCAAUAUCGAUGACGUCAUAAUCUUAUGCCGUAGGCGCUUUUUUAAAAAAAAUUUUUGGCGCAUGCGCACACUUUUUUUCCUUAAAAUCGCGGUUUUGAAUGACCGUGUAUCUCACGGAAACAAAAUUUAUUAACUGAAAAAUGAACACCGAAGCGAAGAAAGUUGUCUCUUUUUCAAAGUAAUCCUGAAAAAAGUUAUUUCAAACAAGGUUUACUCAUCACGAGGUUAGAUUAAAGCUUAUUUGUUUCUUCUAUCUUUUUUGUGUUCUGGGACCGAAGUUGCUUUCUUUUAAAAAAACUAUCGAAUUCGAAUGAUAAUUCGAAUCUAAGAAGUAAAGAACAAAACUGUUGUCAUUGUAGAGCGACUGUUGAUGUCGAGCGAGAAUAAAAAAAGUUUAUGUUGUUGCCAGAAAUAUUUGUUAUAAAGAAGAAAAACGUACGAUAAUAUAACGUCAAAAAGAGAACUGAUUGGAAAUGUAUCAGAGAAUUGUAGCUAGCUGUACAUUUUCAAUUUGUUUUCUUUGGGUUGAAGAGAAGUCUAGUAAUCGAAGUAAAAAACUAAUUGGACUUUUAUCCAGAGAACGUUAGCUACUACUGAGAAAGCGAAAGAAAAACCAGGUGUGUUGUUUAGAUUAUCUGGUAGGGAAAUAAAUUUAGGUGAAUAACAUUUUUAAGUUGUUUACACGCUUCCAGCUAAACUUUCCCUUAAAUAUGAAGUUAAAUAUGUUUUGUCUUCAGCCUGAACAUAUUCUUUUUUUUGUAAGAAUAUACUCAGGGUCAGUUAAAAAUAUCUUAAAAUAUGUCCAACCUCGAUUGUUCUAAAUAAAUAUAAAAGAAUUUGCCAAUAGCUAUAGCAACUUAUAACAAGCCUUAUUUUAUUAAGCCAUUAUAUAUUUUCAGGACAUAACAAAGAAUAUAAUUAAGAAUAACGAGGAUAGUGUUUGCGUAUAAAUGUAAAAAGUAAUUUUUCCGUUGUUACUGUUUUUAACGCUAUGAAGUGGUUGAUGUCGUUAUAGCAUAGUCAUAAGAAAAAGAGAUAGUGUGGGUACCCGGGCCGUUUAUUUACGUUUGUUUUGUUUUACGGCGCAAUGAUGAAAUUAUUGGGGUGGCCGGAGCAACCAGGGACGUAUUUUGAACAAGAUGGCUGAAGCGGACGCUUUUAUUUAUGGUGAUGACUUCGAUGCUAUUCUUGCAGCUAUCGAAGACAACCUUUUUGAGGAAGAUAAAGAAUUAUCUGUUCCUGUAACAGAUAUUGUUGAUGAGGUUGUUGCUGAUUCCAUAGAAGAGGGUUUUAAAUGUGAUCAGUGCGAAAAAAUAUGCAAGACAUCAAGAGGUUUAACCAGACAUAAAAAUAGCAAGCAUGGCCCUACUUCUGUGGCUGAACCUCAUCACCAAAAGCCUGAAAAUAAAUUACACCCUCUAUACUUGAAGAAAUACAUCGAAGAAUGUGCUUCCAAGCUAGCUCUAGAUGAGUGCUAUAGUGAAGAAACGAGAAAGGGGUUUUUGAUGUUUCAAAAGCCAACACUAGAUGAUGCUAGAUACACCUUUGAAUUUAUUAAAGAUGUUGUAGCCAGUUUUAAAAACAAUAGCGAAAAAUUUUAUGCCUCUUUUUACAAAUGUGUUUCCGAGAAUAUUGUUUUCAAAAACCUAUCAAAAAGAGCAUCAGUUAUCCUAGGAUUUGAGUUAGCGAACUAUGUACUUGCCCACCUAACAGGUUCAGUUGUUAAUGGUGAUAUUGCAAAUGUAUCUCCAGGUACAAAUUUUUCACCAAAGGAAAAGCAAAUUAUUAAAUAUCUUGCAGGAUAUGUUUUUGGAACACUUUACAGACGUAUACGUAGAUUGAAACAAAGUCGUAGUAUCUUGAAUCUGCAAAGCAUACAUCUACUUAUUGCUGGUAAAUCAACUGACCAGGAACACGAUGCCGAAAUCAAUACACUAGUUCGCAUUAAAGACCGAGGCGGCUUAUGGACAUCAGAAGUUUUUGAAAUUUUUUCCAUAGUUGAAUCCCAUUUCCGCCAAGAGUCUAGCACCACGCAUAGAAGUAUUGACAGUAAAAAAAUGGUAUCAUAUCUCAUGAAUAAUGCAAGAAUUUUAUGCAAUUACAACAAAUUAAAAAAUGCUUCAACUGAAGAAGUUAGUAAAGAGAUAGCUUUGAAUUUACUGGAACAUCUUAUCAUGUUGUAUAUUCGUGUUCGUGUAUAUUCACUUGUGAAGGAUAAAUGUCAACGGCACAAUGUUAAAUCAAAGGCUAAAAAAUCACGAUCGUUGCGAACUGAAGUAAAAAAAGCAUCAAGCACUUUGGAUCAUGGACAUUAGUCUUGAACAACAGACUAUAAACUUGUUAAAACAGCUAUUUUUAUAGCUAAAAACUUAUAAAAAACAUUAUUUUGGAAAGAACGAGAAGUACACGGAAAUAUUCAACCUUUAAAAGUAAGUAUUGUUGUAUGGAACUUACAGAAAAUGAUUUCAUACACAUUCAGUUUAUUGUGUGCUGCAAAAUACUACCUUCAGAAUAAUGCUGGAUAAAUAUUUGCCCAUUGGGACACAAAAAUUUAUGUGAAACUUAUAUUUGUGAAUACUGGCCCACAGAAUUUUCUAAUCAUACUCACCAUCAGAACCAUAAAAACAGAGUAAGGUGAAGCCAGUAAUAAUGUUUUUUAAGAUGUGUGGCUAUAAAAAUAACCGUUUUUUGUGUGCUGCUUCUUCUUUGAUUUGUUGAUGACUCGGCGCCUUAAUCAUUUUCUUCAUUAUUUCUUUUUUUUACGACAUGGCAUAGACUCAACAUCAAUUUUGGCAAAUGCUUCGUUGUCAAUACAAUUACCAGCUAUUGGUCUGAAUAUUUUUUGUGUACGAAUCGUGUUAUCGUUGUAUCCAAAAUCUCUAACAGUAGGAUUGUCUUUUCUAUGCCCCAUUGAUCGUAUGCCCCAUUCUUCCGAAAUAAUUUUCCAGUGGAUCUUGGCAAAAGCGCUCUGUAAGAACAUAUGGUACACCAUGUGACAAUAGAUAUUUAAUAAGCUCGAUCGAUGAAUAUGUUGUGAUUUUAAUACCUUCAUAUGUUUGCCAUGAGAUGAACAUGUUAGAUUUGGCAUUAUCAGUGAAAUUUCCAGGUCUUGUGGCAAUUGAGUCCUUCCAAUCAGAAAAAUAUUUUAGAAAUGUUUCAAGUAGCCAUGUAAAGCGCUCGUCAUCUUGUGAUUCGAAUGGUUUUAGAAACGAUUUUGCUUUAGUGAUGCCUUCUUUUGUAUUUCUGAUGUUCAAACAAUCAAAGAACUUGUCCAUCAUCAUACAAAACGUGGCAGUAGCUUCUGCUUCUGGUGGUCCAUAUGUUUGGAGUGCAUGAAAAACUGAUUUACUUAACACCUGUGCAGCUAGUCGGACAUUCAUCACAGAAAAGGGUGUGAGUUUAAUAUGGUUAUUUGUGAUUUUGGGAACAAGGUGGAGACCACAGUCCAAAUCAUCAAAAAAAAGCUUUGAUAUGUGAUUCCAUGUCAGAUAUUUACCAUUGUUCCACAUACUUCUUGUGCACCUUCCAGCCAUUGAAUUAGCUAAGCAGUUUCUGGCAGUUUUAAUCAGAUGUGGUGGGUCGGAUAUGAAGUAAAUAUAUCUCUUUUCAGUUGCCAUCACAUUAAGUGUACGAUAGGUUACAUCAACGUCUCCAUUAACAUCUUCCACUCUUGUCAUAUUAAAAUGCAUCCGAUACAUACUGCGGUUUGGAGAAGCGCCAUCACUUGUAACACCGACCACUUUAAUUCCACAAUUAUCCUCCAAUAUGCCAACAGCUUUCCAAAAUAAUGUAAAUAACUGAACAGACGUAGCAUUUGUGGUUGCAAAGUUGGCAAGGGAGAAUUUUAAGGGGUUAAUAAUACUUCGAAUUAAAAAGACCAGCAUGUGUGAUGCAAUGUCAUCAGAUUUUUGAAGGGAUGCCAAAUUAAGUUCCAUAUCACCUGAGUCCACAUAUCCAAUUAAGUCACCUGUGUGCUUAUCCCAAACUAAUUUCUCUUGUAUUUUUAUUUCAUCCAUUAACACAAUACCAUAUCGUUCUAUGUCUGAAAAAUUCUCCACUAUUUUUUUUAAUUCUAAGAUGACAUCUUUAUUAAAUCCUUGUUGUGGUCGUAUAUAGUUUUUGUAGUCCCUUAAUCGGCGACGACUGGGCAAAAUAACGAAACCAGCUUUUGUUUUCUCGUCAUAACGAAUUUCAUCAUAAAACGAAGGCGAUUUUGCAGCUAAACCCAAACAAUACCGGAUAAUAAUAGGAUGAUAUCUAACAGCUGUCUUUGAUGAAGAAAGAUAUUUUUGUUGUUCACUCCAAAAGAAUUGCAUAAAUUCAGGCAUCUUUUCGUAAUCUGCAUUUGACAUGAUAUUCAUCAUAUCUUUGCUCAAACUAUCAUCAACAGGUACUGCCUUUUGUACGAUUUCUUCCAUCAUCUUUAAUUUGUCAGCUUUUAACUGUUUGUUCUCAAUUCUAUAACUUUGAAGUUUCAAUUUUAUACGAUCAGGAGAUGUUAAGGAAACAUGAGCUUUAUCAUGAGCCGGUGUGGAUAAAUUGUCUUGUUUUCUUUGAAGACUAAGUUUUUCCCUAGAUUCAGCUUUCAAACACGGUUCACAUUUGUCUUCAGUGUUAAUUAAUAAUUGGCAGGAAGGUAGUCGAUGCCAUUUCGUUUGAGAAAGAGGAUUUGGUAAUAUGUCUAUUGUUGGGUUAAAUUUUUUAGGUGCAGUAUGUUCAAUGCAACUACCAGAAAAUGAUCUUGGCAAACCAGGACAAACAAAGAAACCCGAAA